AGCAGAGCAGGAGCCGAGGAUGCCGCGCGGCGCGGGGCUUGGGGGGCGCUCGCGCGGUGCCGCCGCCGCUCUUUAGGCGGAGCGGGGACAGCCGCGCUACUGCGCCGGAGCCCCGGGCCGGCGCCCGCGGUCUCUUGCGUCACGUCGGCUCCGCCGCGCGCCCGCCGCCCCGGACUGCACCCCCGGACAUGAGCGCCCCCUCAACGCUGCCGCCUGGGGGCGAGGAAGGGCUCGAGGCGUCCAGGCCUCCCGCGGCCAACUCCAGCCGCGCCCCAACGGAGGAGAAGGAGGCGGCGGGGGCGGUGGGGGCGGUGGGGGCGGCGGGGCCGGCGGGGCCGGCGGGCGCGCGGGCGGCGGGCAUAGUCGUCAUCCAGUGCAUCUACGCGCUCGUGUGCCUGGUGGGCUUGGUGGGAAACGCCCUGGUCAUCUUCGUGAUCCUCCGCUCCGCCAAGAUGAGGACAGCUGCCAACAUCUACUUGCUCAACCUAGCCGUCGCGGACGAGCUCUUCAAGCUGAGCCUGCCCUUCGUGGCCUCAUCAGUCGCCCUGCGCCACGGGCCCUUCCGGUCAGUGCUGUGCCGCACGAUGCUCAGCAUGGACGGCCUCAACAUGUUCACCAGCGUCUUCUGCCUGACAGUGCUCAGCGUGGACCGCUAGGUCGCUGUGGUGCACCCUCUGCGCGCCGCCACCUACCGCCGGCCCAGCGUGGCCAAGCUCAUUAAUUUGGGCGCGUGGCUGGCGUCCUUGCUGGUCACCCUGCCCAUUGCCAUCUUUGCCCACACCAGGCCGGCUCGGGGCGGCCAGGCCGUGGCCUGUAACCUGCACUGGCCGCACCCGGCCUGGUCAACGGUCUUCGUGGUCUGUACUUUCCUGCUGGGCUUCCUGCUGCCUGCUCUGGCCAUUGGGCUAUGCUACUUGCUCAUUGUGGGCAAGAUGCGGGCAGUGGCACUACGUGCUGUCUGGCAGCAGCUGAGGCACUCAGAGAAGAUCACGUGUCUGGUGCUGAUGGUGGUGGCCGUCUUUGUGCUCUGCUGGAUGCCUUUCUACGUGGUGCAGCUACUGAGCCUGUUUGUGACCAGCCUUGAUGCCACCAUCAACCAGGUGUCCCUCAUCCUCAGCUAUGCCAACAGCUGUGCCAACCCCAUCCUCUACGGCUUGCCCUCUGACAGCUUCCGCCGUUCCUUCCAGCGGGCUCUCUGCCUGUGCUGCUGCCUCCUGGAUGCUGCUGGCAGUGCUGAGGAAGAGCCCCUGGACUGCUCUGCCACUGCUCUCAAGAGCAGAGGUGGGGAGGGAUGCAUAUGUCCCCAGCUGCCCUGCCAGCAGGAGGCAGUGCAACCAGAACCCAGCCGCAAGCGUCCCCUCACCAGGACUGCUACCUACUGA